AUUUUUUUUUAACAACAGUCUAGGGGUAAUCAGAGGCGAACACUAACGAUCCAGGAAUAUGUCUGGUUCAAAGAAUCACGGGGAUGAUAGACCCGAGGAAGACGUCUUCAAAAUUCUAAUUGCAACCGAUUGUCAUCUGGGUUAUGACGAAAAAUCCAACAGAGGUGAAGACAGUUUUACGACUUUUGAGGAGAUUUUGAAGUAUGGAAAACUACACAGUGUAGAUUUCAUUUUACUUGGUGGAGAUUUAUUCCACGAUAAUAAACCCUCUCAAGCCACAGUGAUGAAAUGUAUGAAUCUACUGCGUAAAUAUUGCCUUGGCACAAAGCCAAACAAGUUUCAAUUUUUGAGUGACCCUAAGAUGAUUUUUAAACACUGUUUAAACAAAACAGUUAAUUUUGAGGAUGCUAAUCUGAAUGUUGAAAUACCCGUGUUUUCUAUACAUGGCAAUCACGACGAUCCAAGUGGACCUGGUCAAAUAGGGAGUUUGGACUUGCUAUCGGUCACUGGACUGGUCAACUAUUUUGGUAAAUGGACAAAUCUAAACGAAAUCCAACUAGCCCCUCUAUUAUUCAGAAAAGGAUGUACCAAUCUCGCUUUGUAUGGCCUCAGCUACAUCAAGGAUCAAAGGCUUUCAAGACUCAUGAGAGAUGGAAAAGUGCACACGCUUCGUACCAAAGAAAUCAAUGAUUGCUUCAACAUAUUUGUACUCCAUCAAAAUCGUGCUAAGCAUGCAGAAAACGCAUUUGUCCCAGAGGAAGAUUUGCCAAAUUUUUUUGACUUUGUAUUAUGGGGACACGAGCACGAAUGUCGUAUUGAAACAGAGCAAGUUGGAAAAAAACACUAUCACAUUUGUCAGCCGGGAAGUCCUGUUGCAACGUCACUAUGCCAAGGUGAAGCUGUUCCCAAACACGCAGGUAUUUUGAAAGUUUACAAAACAGGUUUCAAGCUACAGAAACUAAAAUUGAAAACAGUGAGGCCAUUUGUCUUUGAUACACUAAAUGUUGAUGACAACAAUGACAUAAAAAUUCAGUCAUCGGAGAAAAUUAGUGAUUCAAUUGAAAAGUACGUUGAUAAUUAUAUCGAAAAUAUUAUGAUGCCAAAGGCAGCAGACCAGCUGUCGGGAGAUCCACAUCAACCAACGCUACCUCUACUGCGACUUCGUGUAUUUUAUACGGACGAGAAGCAGAAGUUCGAUACGUUUAGAUUAGAGCAGAAAUAUGUUGAUCAAGUCGCUAAUUCAGGUGAGAUUAUUCUUCUGCGUAAAAAAAAAAGUGGCUUGGCCAAGAGAGAAGAUCUUGACGACUAUAAUGUUGAUGAUACUGAUGCUGUUAUUGAAGAAGCUUUGGGAUAUGAUGAGGAUGAGCCUGAGUGGAAUAAAACAGUUCAAGGAGGAAUUCGAAAGUAUUUUGCAUCAGGAAACAAAAAAAACAAGUUAACUAUAUUGUCUCUAACUGGUCUCAAUGAAGCCUUGUCCCAAUUUGUAGAUAAAGGAGACUCGAAUGCAUUUGAUGAUAUAAUUGAGCAUCAAAUGAAACAAACUCUUGAAUAUAUAAACAGCAAAACGUUAGAAAACCCUGACGAAAUAGCGGAUGUAAUUGAAGAAUUUCGAAAUGAAAGGGACGACAUUAAAGAAGAUGAAGAAAUUCAGGUACGUGACUUCCUAAAUUCUUCAACUCGUCGGGUUCAUCAGCCAGCUGAUGAUUUAGAUGCCGAUAUUGCAGUAGAAGAUGACAGUCCUACCAAAAGUAAUGAAGAAAAUGCAGUCAGAGGAAGAGGUAGGGGUAGACGAGCAAGGGGCACUGGAGGUGCUGCUUCUGGUAGGGGCAGGGCAAGAGCUACUGCAAGUACCUCUGCCAGUAAGAAUGUAGUACUUAUUGAUAGUCCGAAAAAAUCUACUAGAGCAACAAAGCAGCUGACAGAGAGUAAAAUGCAGUCCGUGAAGCAGACGAGCAUAGCUGCUCAUUUUCCAAAAAGUCAGAAAGCUCCAAGUAAACCGAUAUACAUUUCGGAUUCAGAUUCCAACUCCAGCUAAGCUUCCAUUCAAGUUGUUUAAUUUUAUGUAUUAAUAUUUGUUAAACUUACUGGAAAUAGUUUCAAGUUAUUGGCACUGUAUACUUAUC